AUGCUGUUCUUCUGUUAUGUUCCUCCCAUGACAAAGGAUGCCGGCCUUACAUGUGUGGGACCAGCUUCCGCUAUUCCAACUGCCUUGAUCAGUACAAGAAAGCCUGCACAAAAGAGUGUCGAGAAUUGUGAGGUUACGGAGCUUGCACGUCCUCUUUGUCGUGGCCAGGUGAAGGGAUGGACUGUCGUUGAGCCUGCACGAGAACAUCUCAAUGCCAAGAAGCAGAGCUUCAUGCAAGAUAACUGCUCGUUUGUUGGAACAUACAAACAGCUGCGGAAGCAUGUGAAGGUAGAGCACGCUUCCAUUAAGCCACAUGAGUUGGAUCCCGUUCUAGAACAGAAGUGGAGAAGGAUGGAGUGUCAGAGAGAGACACAAGAUGUCAUGAGAACAAUAAGGUCAUCAGUGCCUGGAGCUGUGUUCUUUGGUGAUUAUGUGAUUGAAGGAAGUCGUUAUGGGUUCAAUUCAGGUGAAGAGGAGCAUUGUGAUGCAGAUGGCAUUGAGCAGGACGAGAGCUUUGAAGAGGGAAUUAUUCGCAAUUUAAUGCGCUUCUUUCAUUUUUUGGAGUUCUGCAGGUAG